UUUAACACGUGACUUACAGACUAAAGAAACUGAAAGUAAUUUCAAGCGUUGUUGAACUCAUCUGUGAGACGCUGGGUAUUAGAUCUCUACUGAAGAUUUUUUCAAAGAAACUGCUGAAACUUUUGGUGAGUCUUUCUGUUGAAAUAUUUUGACAAAAUGGCACAGAGAGCUCUUUUUGAAAGUUUCCUGAGCUGCCAUGUGUGUACGGAGACUUUCAGAGAUCCUGUGUCUCUGAGCUGCAACCACAGCUUCUGUUCAAGCUGCCUCCAGAAAUUCUGGGAACAAACUGGAAACAAGAACUGUCCCAUCUGUAAACGGACGUCAAAGGAGGAUCCGUCCAUCAACUUCUCCCUCAAAGAACUCGCUGAUUUGUUUGGUGAGGAACAGAAAAGAGCUUCAACUGAGAUGGAAAAAGAGAAGAAGAAAGAGAAGGUGGUGUGUGAGAAACACUCAGAGGUUCCUUAUUGGUUCUGUAAAGACGAGCAGAGAGCUGUGUGUCCUGUCUGUGAGUUUUCUCUCCACCAGAGUCACAAAGUGGUUCCUAUAGAAGAAGCAGUCAGUGAGCUGAAGGAGCAGCUGAAAUCUGACUUAAAGUCUCUGCAGGACAAGAGGAACAAACACAAACAAGUGGAGAAAACAUACGAUGAUGUGAUUCAACACUCCAAGGAGCAGGUGUUGUCCACAGAGAGACAGAUCAGAGCAGAGUUCAACAAGCUCCACCAGUUCCUGAGAGAGGAAGAGGAGUCCAGACUGGCAGCUCUGAGGGAGGAAGAGGAGCAGAAGAGGAAGACUAUCAUGGGAGAGAUGAAGAGGAUUGAGGAGCAGAUCUCCUCUCUGUCAGACAGCAUCUCUGCUGUUGAAGAAGAGCUGCAGAAAGACAACGUGUCGUUCCUCAGCAGUUAUGAAGCCACUCAGAGCAGAGCCAGAGGUCAGAGGUCACUGCCAGAUCCACAGCUGGUCUCAGGAGCUCUGAUAGAUGUGGCCAAACACCUGGGCAACCUGUCCUUCAGAGUCUGGGAGAAGAUGAAGGACCAGGUGAAGUUCAGUCCCGUCAUUCUGGACCCAAACACUGCAAAUGGAUGGAUCCAUCUGUCUGAUGAUCUGAGCUGUGUGAAACAUGGAGACACAUGGCAGCAGCUUCCUGAUAAUCCAGAGAGAAACACUAAUCACUACAAUGUUUUUGGUUCUGAGGGCUUCAGCUCAGGGAAACACAGCUGGGAUGUGGAGGUGGGAGAUCAUCCUGACUGGAGUGUCGGUUUGGUUAAAGAGUCUGUGGACAGGAAGGGAGAGCUUCGUGUUUCACCAGAAAAUGGAAUCUGGUGUUUAUGGCAUCAUGAUAGAGAAUACAAUGACGUUGAUGGUAAGACUCUCCCAGUGAACAAGAGUCUCCAGAGGAUCAGAGUCCAGCUGGACUAUGACAUGGGGGACGUGUCCUUCUACAACCCUGAAGACAUGACUCUCAUCUGCACUCACAGAGACACUUUCACUGAGAAACUCUUCCCUUAUUUUACUGUUAGUCCUGCCGGUGAUGCUAAAACAUCUGAUCUCAAAAUCUGCAAAAAUGAUAUUUCUCCUUAAAGGUAAAAGUUAAGCGUUUCAUUUUCCUGAAUUACUUUAAUCAAUGUUUCUAUUUGCGAUCAUCCCAACUUUCUUAUUCAAUUCUUUAUUAACUUCUUUAAUCCUUUUCAAGUUUUUCACACUUUAGUAGAAAACAUAAAACAUUGUUAGAUAAUGUUGUUCAAACUGGAACAAGCGUUUCACCGUCAUCAGAUUAAUUAAUUUAAACAAAGAUUCUUUGUUUCUGAAUCUUUUCAGUUUGUUUUAACUGUUCACAUUUCUUCUCUGGACUCUUUUUUUUGGGAGGGAUCGUCUCAAAAAAAAAGAAAAUAGUAUUAGAAUAAGUAAGAAAAUGUAUUACAGAAAACUAUACAAAAUGAUGUGUUAUAGAACAGAGAAGUAGUUUACAGUUUCAGUGUUGGACCACAGCUAUGUCCUUAAUUUGAAAGUGUAGCCCUGAACAAUAAGAUUUAACUCCUUAGGGAGACACCCUUUAGCCUAAUCAACACUUUUUAACAUAUAUCAAUAAAAAGCAAUCUGUUUAAAAUAAUAAAAACUUAAGAAAGUAAAAGCCUUAACAUAUUGACAGAAUUUCAGAACAAACAUUUCAGAAAUAACAUACUAAACUGGUUUAUAAUGUCAGUCUUGUUUUUAGUUGUUGUUAUUAACUUUAGCAGAAAAACUGACAAUAAAUAUUUAGAUUCACUUUCCUCUCUUUUCUCUCUGGUGCCGUUCACUUUGUGCCUUGUGGCUGAAAUGUGUUAGAAAACUGAUUCCACUUGACUUGAUGUGAUGAUUUGUUUUAGAUUCCUCAAUGUGAAACAUAUUUCAUAAUAAAAACUGCUGC